GCAUACCGACGAUUCUGCGGUACGCGAAGCAUGACCAUACAGUCGCUCAUCAAACGCGUGUGCGAUUUGGAUCGUCGAGUGGAUGAUGAGGAUGGGAGCCUGUACCUUCGUGCUGUCCUCGUGUGUGUGGCUCACACCCUUGUUCUUGGGUUGGAUGCGCAGGUACAGCCGUGGCUUUGGGUUUUGGUGGAUGAUCUGGCUACAUUUGAUAGAUUCCCCUGGGGCGCGUAUUCGUAUAAGAUGUUAUGCCAUUAUACGCAUGAGAUAGGAACCGGCGAGAAGUAUCACUUCUACGGUCCUUCGUGGGCUUUAUAUGUCUGGGCAUUGGAGCGCGUCCCGGGCUUCGGACACAUGGUCGCAGCAUCUAGCGGUGAUCCGACAGCGCACCCUCGGUGUUUGAGAUGGACUUUCAGGGGUAAGCCCCGGCUUUACGGUCUGCGCGAUCUAUUCGAGGGACAGGGUGGUGUCCUGCCCCUGGAGCCCGAUGGUGACGAUCUGUCGAAUCACUACUUCAUAUCAGCGCUGACACCGGGCGAACUCUCGGUGAGCUUCAGGCCCCCCGACAACCCAUUAGCUCGGGGUGUCCAAUUUCCACAGCAGACCGGAGCCCGUGUUGUGGAGGAGCGCGGGGACGAGGAGGAUGUACCUAGACAACCUCGUAUGACUCGCAGUCACAGUGUUCGGGGCCCUGUGAGGGAUGCUCGACCCCACGAGCCGGCUCGUCAUUCAGUAGAUCCGGGCAAGCGCCCAGCGCCGCAUACUUCUUCAUCGUCGAGCGGAUCUCGGACUGUAUCCAGUCCCAGCGAGGGUGAGGUGGACCGUAAAUGGGUGAAGAAGACGAUCCGUCAGGAGAUUAAGAAGGCCUUCGGCAAAUUCGUGGAUAAACUGAAGGGCAAGGGUACAAAGGAUAGGUGCAAGAAGAGCAAACAUUUCCCAGUGCCCGACUCCCCUGAUGAUGAUGACCAGCGACGGUCCCCUGAUGAUUACCAGCCACGGUCUCCUCCACAGCGACGGUCUCCUCCACCCAGUGCUUCAGGGCCCGACGCUUCAGGGCCAAGCGUUUCACGUCCCUGCGACGACGACCCCCGCGAUGAGGAACCAUGCCAUCCAGAGACCCAGGCCUACCCAUCACGCCCUUCAGAUUAUGCCCAUUCCCGCCCAGCAGAGACCCCGGAUUACAACGAGCAGUGGCGGGCCAUGAAUCAGUCUGUCCAGGGCGACUACACACCGGCAGAGCAGACUUUUGACUGGUCGACCCAGGUCUACCCUCAUUGGUCUUCCCCAUUCCUGAAGCCGCAGUAUAGCACAGAGACCCCGAUAUUCUUUGCUGAACCGCUCACUUCUAUUGCACCACAUGAGUGGGGACAGUCCAGUUCGGCAGGGCAGGCUCAGACGGAGGAGCCUGAGCCACAGGCAGAGCAGCCACAGGUACUGCUGCUGCAGCACCCAGAGCAGCCGUCGGCAGAGCAGCCGCCAGCAGAGCUCCCGCGUCGCAGUCAGAGGGUGAGGCGUCCGUCUAACUUUCAGAGAUCGCCUUGGGUUAAUAGCCAAAUGCCACGUCCAGUGACACAAUACUGCAGUGACCAUUAUGAGAAGUGGAUGGCUAGGUGUCGAGAAGGUAGGCGUGGUGAGAUUUAUGUCAAGGCAAGUGGUGGUUUGCGGGAGUACGACGACUUCGCGCGGGUGGAUAAUGUCAGGCAGGAAUUCACAACUGGGGAUAUUGACUUGUAUUUCUUGACCUUGAGAAAUAGACUUCGAGGUUCCCUGGAUUUACUGGAUGACUAGAUAUGAAUAACACAAUCAUAG